AUGGACACGGCCACAGAUACUUUCCAUUCUUAUCCGACACCUCCCCGGUCUCCUCCCAAUGGCUUAUCAGACGGGUUGUCGCCGAUUACCGUGAUCGCGUCCUCCAGGGCUAUCCGGUCAGGACAGCUGUCCGCGGCCACUAUCGUGAUAUCGAAUGCCACUGGCAAGAUAACGGCGGCCUUUGAUUCAAUCGUCCCCGCCUCCGACUUCCCUCCCGACACCCCAUAUACCGAUUAUUCUCCGCAUAUCCUGCUUCCUGGAUUGGUGGAUGCCCAUGUUCAUCUCAACGAGCCCGGUCGAACAGAAUGGGAAGGGUUCUAUACCGGCACGCAGGCUGCGGCUUUCGGAGGGGUGACGACCGUGGUGGAUAUGCCGCUCAAUGCUGUACCUCCCACCACAACGGUCGCAGGACUGCAAGAGAAGAUCAAGGCUGCUCAGGGUAAAUGCUGGGUGGAUGUCGGAUUUUAUGGCGGCAUAGUCCCUGGAAAUGAGGGAGAGCUUAAGGCGCUGGUAAGAGAGGGAGUCCGAGGGUUCAAAGGGUUUCUUAUCGACAGUGGUGUGGAAGAGUUUCCUGCAGUUUCCUCGAAGGAUAUCGAGAAAGUAUUUGCAGAGCUGGCAGACGAACCAACCACGGUCAUGUUCCACGCGGAGAUGAUUCCUCCUAUUGCCGAUUCGGUGGGCGACGAAGUCCAGAGCUCACUACCACCUUUGCAACCCCACGGACCCUUGAACGCGUACAGUACUUUCCUGGCAUCGAGACCGCCCUCAUUCGAGACAUAUGCCAUUGAAGAAAUUCUGUCCUUAGCACAUCUCGCACCAAACUUACCGUUGCAUAUUGUUCACCUGUCCGCGAUGGAAGCCAUUCCACUGUUGAGGAAAGCACGCGCUCAAGGCAUCAACAUUACCGCCGAGACCUGUCCACACUAUCUGUCUCUUGCAGCCGAGGAAGUCGCAUUGGGAGACACCCGUCACAAGUGUUGUCCUCCAAUUCGGAGCCAGUCAAACCAGGACAAGUUGUGGGACGAGCUGCGGCAAUAUGCAGAGGACGGGGUCAUUAAAACCGUGGUCUCCGACCAUUCGCCCUGCACACCAGACCUCAAGCUUCUCCCAUCCCAUGUGCCGGGCCACGUUUGUGCGCCCGCGGAUGUGGUGAAGGCUUUGCCAUUAGACACAGAAGCCGGCGAUUUCUUUACCGCCUGGGGCGGCAUCUCGUCUGUUGGACUGGGUUUACCGAUCUUGUGGACCGAGAUGACCCGGAGAGGCUUAACCGGUUCCGACCGCGCUAUCACUGAUGUUGUACAAUGGUGUUGUAUCAACACAGCCAUGCAGGUAGGUCUGGAGAAGCAGAAAGGUGACAUUGCUGUUGGCUUCGAUGCCGACAUUUGCGUCUUUGACGACACGGCCGAAUGGGUGGUCGAGCCAAGCACCAUGCUUUUCCGAAACAAAUGCAGCCCGUACCAGGGUAAAACGAUGACAGGUCAAGUCAAGGAGACUUUGCUGCGAGGCCAAAAGGUUUUUGUCCGAGAUGGGCCCAAUAAUGGCUUUGUCGGCAAGGAAUGCUCGGGGCAACUGUUGUUGGAGCCUCGACGAAAGGAAUUGAAGAGAGUCAAGAGUUGGUUCCGGAGGUGGAUCUACGAUUUUUGA